CCCGCCUUGCCGCCCAGCGGUCCGCAGCCCAGGAUCAGCCGAGCGCCUGCAGACCGGCCCCGCGAAGACAGCGCGCCCAGCCCCACGUUCUGAGAGCAAAUCUAAAUGUCUUCUGGAUACCUUAAAAGUAACACCUGGAGUCAGGUGGACUCCACAUGGUUCCGAGGAAGAGAGUUCCACUAAAGGCAUCCCUUAUCUAUUCUUCCUGGAAGACAGAAUCACAGGAUUCAAGGCCAGCCAUGAUGUUGAGAGGGGAACUACCUAUCCUAGCAGCAGAGCAUCCGGAACCCACCCAGGGCAUCUUGGGACUGGACAUUUUAAAUUUUCUUUAUCACCAACCACAGUCUCUCUUCUUUAAGCCCAGGAACCACUGGUGGGCCUUGGGUGGGUUUGGGGAAUAACAUAUUUGUAUCCUUCCCAUGCUGCUGAAGUGGGUAUUAGGCAGUGGGCCAACACUGCCAGUGAGAUUGAGCAGAGCUGAGGAAUGGACAGUUUGCCUUCUAACAGCCCGUCCACAGAGGGAGGGGUCAUCUGUUGUCAUUAGAUCUGUGGAGGAGCACCAGUCACUGUUGAGAUGCUGCCCAGCACCUAGGGAUGGGGGAGAGAUCCCCUGGCUUCUCCCUCUUCCCACCCUUCCCACCCCAGUGCCUCUCAUUGGCUGAACCUAGCCAGAAGCCUGGGAGCCUGGAAAACAAUUUGUGGCGUCAAAUUUCACCCAACAUCAUGGUGCAGACCUAAGCAGAGCAAGAGUGAGUGGAUGUGAGCAAAAAGGCAAACGACUGGCAUAUUCCCUUAAUUCCACUUGAGCUACAGUUAAUUGCUAACCAUUCUAGAAUGUUUGUGCUACUGGGAAAUUCUUUAAUCUCCUUCAUCUAGAAAAGGCCUCCUUUUUCUUCAAGACCAGUUGAGAUUCUUCUUCUCUGUGAAAUCAGCACAGACACCCCAGAAAUUGUUAGCUAGCCCGCACGUCGGCUGUACCAGUUCUUUGUCUGGAUCUCUGUUCAUGGUACUUGCUACUGGGAUAUUGUAAUUGAUCAUUUUUGUGCCUUAUUUCUUCUGUCCUUGGAGGGCCUCAAGGGCAGACGCAACGUCACAGCCUCUGCAUUCUCAGGACCUAACCCAGGAUCAUUGCAGGGGUGUGCAGAUGAAUGGGCUGUGGGGGUGCCCUGCCCAAGCUUUCAUAAAUGCUGACCAGCCUACCAGGUCUUUUAUGCAGUUCAACAUACAUAGUGACACCAAGAAUGGCUUAUUCAGAAAAGCAUAGAGGUGAGCCCUGUGGUUUCAUCCGCCAGAAUUCUGGCAACUCCAUUUCCUUGGACUUUGAGCCCAAUAUAGAGUACCGGUUUGUGGAGCAGUUGGAAGAGCGCUACAAAUGUGCCUUCUGCCACUCGGUGCUUCACAACCCCCACCAGACGGGAUGUGGGCACCGCUUCUGCCAGCACUGCAUCCUCUCCCUGAGAGAAUUAAACACAGUGCCAAUUUGCCCUGUAGAUAAGGAGGUCAUCAAAUCUCAGGAGGUUUUUAAAGACAAUUGCUGCAAAAGAGAAGUCCUCAACUUAUAUGUAUAUUGCAGCAAUGCUCCUGGAUGUAAUGCCAAGGUUAUUCUGGGCCGGUACCAGGAUCACCUUCAGCAGUGCUUAUUUCAAGCUGUGCAGUGUUCUAAUGAGAACUGCCGGGAACCAGUCCUACGAAAAGACCUGAAAGAGCAUUUGAGUGCAUACUGUCAGUUUCGAGAGGAAAAAUGCGUUUAUUGCAAAAAGGAUGUAGUAGUCAUCAAUCUACAGAAUCACGAGGAAAACUUGUGUCCUGAAUACCCGGUAUUUUGUCCCAACAAUUGUUCGAAGAUUAUUCUAAAAACUGAGGUGGAUGAACACCUGGCUGUAUGUCCUGAAGCUGAGCAAGACUGUCCUUUUAAGCACUAUGGCUGUGCUGUAACGGAUAAACGGAGGAACCUGCAGGAACAUGAGCAGUCAGCCUUACGGGAGCACAUGCGUUUGGUUUUAGAAAAGAACGUCCAAUUAGAAGAACAGAUUUCUGGCCUACACAAGAGCCUAGGACAGAAAGAAAGUAAAAUCCAGCAGCUAGAAGAAACUAUAAGUAAAAUUGAAAAGGAGUUCAAGCAGUAUACACAGUUUUUUGGCAGAAAUGGAAGCUUCCUCUCAAACAUCCAGGUUUUUGCCAGUCACAUUGACAAGUUGGCUUUGCUAGAAGCUCAAAUGCAUCAAUUAUCACAAACUGUUAAACAGCAACAAAAUGAAUUUGACCUGAGGCCUUUGAUGGAAGCAGUUGAUACAGUGAAACAGAAAAUUACCCUGCUAGAAUACAAUGAUCAAAGAUUAGCUGUUUUAGAAGAGGAAACUAACAAACAUGAUACCCACAUUAAUAUUCAUAAAGCACAGCUGAAUAAAAAUGAAGAGCGAUUUAAAUUGCUGGAGGGUACUUGCUAUAAUGGAAAGCUCAUUUGGAAGGUGACAGAUUACAAGAUGAAGAAGAGGGAGGCGGUGGAUGGGCACACAGUGUCCAUCUUCAGCCAGUCUUUCUACACCAGCCACUGUGGCUACCGGCUCUGUGCUAGAGCAUACCUGAAUGGGGAUGGGUCUGGGAAGGGGACACACCUGUCCCUGUACUUUGUGGUCAUGCGAGGAGAGUUUGACUCAUUGUUGCAGUGGCCAUUCAGGCAGAGGGUAACCCUGAUGCUUCUGGACCAGAGUGGCAAAAAGAACCACAUUAUGGAGACCUUCAAGGCUGACCCCAAUAGCAGCAGCUUUAAAAGACCUGAUGGGGAGAUGAACAUUGCGUCUGGCUGUCCCCGCUUUGUGGCUCAUUCUGUUUUGGAGAAUGCCAGGAACACCUACAUUAAAGAUGACACUCUGUUCUUCAAAGUGGCCGUGGACUUAACUGACCUGGAGGAUCUCUAGUCACUGUUUAUGGGGUGAUAAGAGGAUUUCUUGGGGCCAGAACCAUGGAGGAGAGCACAUUUGAUUAUCAUAUUGACCUGGAUUUAGACUCAAAGCACAUUUGUAUUUGCCUUUUUCCUUUGAAGUCAGUUUAAAACUUCUGAAGUGCUGUCUUUUUACAUUUUACUCUGUCCCAGUUUGAAAGUUAAAACACCUAGAAUACCCUAUUAUUUAUAUUUUUAUAUUUCUUGAAAGAUGGUAAGUUUCUUGAAGUUUUCGGGGCGUUUCUCUUUUACUGGUGUUUAGCGCAGUGUCUCAGGCACUCUAAAUAUUGAAUGUUAUGGAGGACAUAGAGGCAGCAGAAUUCCCAGUUGAAAUGCUUUGAUAUUUUAUUGUUUGGCCUGUUGAUUCUAGACCUGGCCUCAGCCUGCAAAAGCCGUCUUUAUAAAGAUAAGGUAGGCUGUUCCAGGUAAGUAGUGGGUGAUGUAGUUACAAAGAUAACAUGCUCAGUUUCGACCUUUUUUUUUUUCCAGUUAAAUGCUAAAUACAUGGAAAUUACUAUACCUCUAAGUAUUUUUAUGAAAUUCAUUAGCAGUUUGCAAGCACAAUUUUGCAAGGCCACACAAGAACUGGUGAAUGGGGUAAGGAUUUUCAUUCUCCCUGAAGUAAAGCAGAAAGUACUGCUUAGUAAUAUAUAAGAUAUAGCCAGCCAGCUACGGUUCAGAUUUCAUUAGGUUCAACCCUAUGAAAAAAACUAAUUUCAUAGGUCAAAUGUGGUCAAAAAUUAGCAGUUUCAUAAGAUUCAACCAAAUAAAUAUAUAUGUACAUAUAUAUACACAUAUAUAUAUAUACACAUAUCCACCUAUAUGUGUAUGUAUAUAAACAGUUUGAAUGUAUUUUGAUAACAAUAAUAAAUCAAUGUGAAGAUGGAUAGAAUUUAGUACAUGAUAGAGAAAAUGUCAUAAAUGGAUAAAAGGAAUUUACAACUUGGGGAGAAAACCUUUGCAGUUUCCUGUGGGUGUCAGAAGUACUCUCAGCCAAAGCUGAUGGCUAAAACAGUAUUUCCUAUUCUCUGAGAACUUUCUUUUUUGAGUCAAAGUGUCGCUCUGUCACCCAGCCUGGAAUGCAAUGGCACAAUCUCAGCUCACUGCAACCUCCACCUCCUGGGUUCAAGUGAUUUUCCUGCCUCAGCCUCCUGAGUAGCUGGGAUUACAGGUGUCCGCCACCACACCUGGUUGUAUUCUUAUUAGAGACAGGGUUUCGCCAUGUUGGCCAAGAUGGUCGCAAACUCCUGACCUCAAGUGAUCCAUUGCCUCAGCCUCCCAAGGUGCUGAGAUUACAGGCGUGGCCCACCGCGCCCAGCCUCUGAGAACUUUUGAAUUUGUAAGCUGAUAUGCAAAUGGGCAUUUAUAUAAACUUGUAAUAUUUCUUGUCAGAAUUCUAAGUACUGUGUGAAGAACAGAAAUGAUCAUGUUUUUAUACAUCUAUCUGUAUGGGUCUGAAGGUGUAUAUACAAAUUGAGAUGAGUCCAUAUGACUCUUGAUGAGCCCGAGUUUGACCACAAAAAAAUGCCAAGUUGCCUUGAGCCCUUCUGCAUUGUUAUGCCACUUCCUACUGCUCAUAUACAGGCUGCCUCUCCUGGACACGCAGGGAUGCGUAUGGGCCAUGGGCCCCUGCAGAGCUGCUCACCUGGUAAUGACCAUGCACCUUACAAUUUCUGAACAGUUAGCCCUAUAGAAGAAGCGUGAGUUAUAUGAGUGUCUUCUGGGAAGAGGAACCUUCUUAAUCUCUCCUGUGGGAUUUUCAGCAUUUGUGCUGCCAAAGCAAGCACUCUUCUGAGGGAUUUUCAAAAUGCUAAAGACUCAUACUGCAGCAGUCAUCCCAGAUGAUUAAAUUCAAAGAAAUAGGUUCACAUUAGGAACAUACUAAAGAACCAGAGUGUUGCUGUUGGUGAACUGUGCACAGUUGAUGCUCAACACAUCACCUGAAACAAACUCAGGAAACAUUUCUGUAGCCCACACAGCCAGAACCAGGUGCUCAGUGUGUUUGUUUUUAAUGUUCUUCAUCAUAUCCAAGUUCACUGUAUCUUCCUGGGCAGUGGAAGAUCAUAUUGUUGUAACUUCUUUUAAGUAGUUGAUGUGGAAAACAUUUUAAAGUGAAUUUGUCAAAA